AUGUUUUUUUCGUGCAAUAAUUAUGUAAAGUUCAGAAUUAAUGCAAAUAUAAUAAACCAAAUCCCGGGUCCGGACAUCAAGAAUAUACUGAUUGGGAAUUUGGAUUUAUUUUAUUCGGCCGCCUAUUCUAAGCGCUGGUUUCAAGAAAGUUACAGGCUACUAAUAGAUUUGUGUAAAUCAUAUCAAAAGGACGGUGUAUUUAGGCUAUGGAUCGGACCAAUAAAUCCAGUUGUGGUGCUGUUAAACGCAGACAAUGUGGAGGAAUUACUGUCGAAUGCAACAAAUAUAUCAAAGGCUUAUGAAUAUAAAUAUCUAAGACCUUGGCUUGGGUUCGGUUUGUUAACCAGUACGGGCAGUAAAUGGCAAUCGCAUCGAAAGUUGUUGACUCCGGCCUUUCAUUUCAAGAUUUUGGAGAACUUUUUGCCCACAAUUAUAAACCAACAAAAUAUUAUGCAAUCAUUGAUUGACAAACAGAUUGAGGACAACGACGGCGUUGUUGACGAUAUGAGAAAAUUGAUUACAAACUACACACUCGAUGCUAUUUGUGAGACGGCAAUGGGUGUGACUGUAAGGGCUCAACAAAACCCAAACUCUGAUUAUGUGGAGGCGAUUAGACGUACGUUUGCGGUCUCUAUACUAAGAUUUAUAAAGCCGUGGCUUUGGCCCGAUUUCACCUUUUAUUUGAGCUCUUUGGGCCGUCUUCUGCAGCGAAGACUCCGUAUAUUACAUGGAUUUACAGAUUCUGUCAUCAAAGAAAGAAAAACAGAAAUAUUGGAUAAGAUUAAGGACUUAAACAAUAAUGAUGUGAACAAUAACUAUAAGAACGGGAAAUCGAUUGGCGAUGCGAUCGAUGAGGCGAUGACCAGAAUCGGUGCCAAACGGCAACUCGUAUUUCUCGAUACACUACUUAAUUAUCACUUCAAGCGACCCAAUCAUAUGUCCGAACUGGACGUCAGGUCACAUGUGGACACAUUCAUGUUUGGCGGACACGACACCACUGCCAGCUCUCUCAUGUUCACCAUAAUGCUCAUACCACCGUUUACAUACUUGCAUGAAGUGAACUCAUCCUGGCUUAUGGACAGAGGCAUUGAAUACCAAUUCCUUCAUCUAAUGAGUGGUUAUUUCAAUUUCACGUAUCGUCUCAUUAGAUGUUAUGCAAUGGGCGCUAAACAGGCAAACAAUACCUGGACUGGCCUUUUGGGACUCAUUAACCAAACGAUGGCUGACAUAGCGUUGGGCGGUAUAUCCCUAACCGAUGAGCGGUCAGAUGCGGCCCAUUUCUCGCAGCCACACAUCCAAACGGGCUGUAUCGAUAGUGACGUGAGAGACAAUUUUAUGGACAUGAAGUGGUUAGUGGUUAAUACGGCUCUCCGUCAACAAUGUCCUGUAUGUAUACCACACAGACUGCGGCUACUGAUGGUGUUUUGGCUAUUGGCUACUCUUGUACUCACAUCCAGUUAUAGCGGAUGUUUGUACUCAUUGAUGGCUUUUCCCACCCGUACGAAGACUAUCAAUACGGUGGAAGAGUUGGCCACCGCUCAAUCACAGCAUACAAUACAAGUAAUGGCCACAAAGAAUGGCGCAUAUUAUAAUAUGAUUAUGAAAUCUAAUACAGGGGUUGGGAUGGAGUUGAAAAAGGGGUUGAAAGGUGUGUCCAAUACUAUUGCGGGCAUUAAUAUGAUUUCGAAAAGCGACAAACAAUUGGCCAUUAUAUCGUUUCGUGAGGCACUCAUAUACAACAUGUAUAAGUCGUGCGCCACUCGGCUUCAUAUACCGCCCGACACCGACGAGUCUACACUAUUCAUGGAUCUGUUAACAGUUGGCCUUCGCAAAGACUUUCCAUAUAAAAAUGAAAUUAAUAAAUUCAUAUCAGGUGUGAAAAAGUCUGGACUCAUGGACUUUUGGAAA